ACUCACGAUCACGCGCACGCCUCGUCGAUCGCACGCGCCAUGGACAUCGAUCAAAGUUUAGACGCCAUGAUCAAGGCUGCGCCGAAGAAGGGCGGGCCGAAGAAGAAGCCGGCCGCCGGGAAGAAGAAGACCCCGGUCAAGAAGACCGGCGGCGGCGUCCGCGCCAAGGUGAUCGCGAAACCGCGUCGCGGCGGCCAAGGUGGUCGCGCGCGCGACGUCGCGAUGGCCGUCGACGACGCGUGGCAGCACGACCGCUUCCAAGGCGGCAAUCGCGGACCCAGAGCGGGCGGCGGCGGCGGCGGCGCGAGGCUCGUCGUGUCGAACCUUCACUUCAACGUCACGAACGCGGACGUCAAGGAGCUGUUCCAGCAAGUCGGCGCGGUGAAGAAAGCCGGGCUGAACUUCGACGAAAACGGCCGAAGCAAGGGCACCGCGGAGAUCAUCUUCGCGUCUCCCGCGUCGGCGCAGAAGGCGAUCCAGACGUACAACGGCGUCAAGCUCGACGGCCGACCGCUCAAGAUCGAGCUCAUCGGCGGCGGCGGCGGCCUCGGCGGCAGCCUCGCCGGGCGUUUGUCCGGCGUCGGCGCCGGCGGACGGACGGUGACGUUCAACGCCGGACGCGGCGGAUCAGGCGUCCGCGGCGGACGGAAAGUCGUCGCCAAAGUCGUCAGCGCGCCGCGUGGAAAGAAGGGCGCCGCGGGCGGCGCUAAGGGCGCCGGCGGCCGCGGCGCGAAGGGCGGCGGCCGCGGAGGUAAGGGUGGGCGCGGGCCGAAGCCGAAGAAGGCGACGCCGAUGACGCAGGAGCAGCUCGACGCGCAGCUGGACUCGUACAAGGCUGGCGCCGCCGCCGCGCCAGCCGGCGACGUCGCGAUGAUGGAGUGA